AUGGAUGUUUUGCCCACGAUUCGUCUCGGCUUUCGAACAAGCUUCAAGGAAGAUAUAAAAGCAACGGCAGCUGAGCUCGUGUAUGGACAAACACUACAAAUCCCAAGCAAAUUCUUCAUGAACGAGGAUCGACCCAAGAGCCCUCACCACUUCGUAGAAAGGCUCUGUCAACAUAUACGCAAAAUUAGACCAGUCCCAUCGGCUCAUCACUGUAAAAAAAAGGUAUUUGCGCAUAAAAUAUUAUACACCUAUGCACAUGUCUUCGUCAGAGUGGAUGCAGUCAGAAAACCUUUAGAGCAACCAUACAAAGGCCCUUAUGAAGGGCUAGAUCGACCAUCAGAUAACGUAUUCUUCGUAAACAUAAAAGGACAACACACACAUAUUUCAACGGAGAGAAUAAAGCCAGCCUUCUUUGAAUUGCUCAUCCCAGAAUCAAACAGUGCAAUCUCUAACCAAAAUUUAGAAACAACAGAAACCACUCCAUCUACAUCAGCCGAACCCAACACAGCACGCAAAAAACACAUCAGUUUCGCGACUUAA